AUGGGACUUCCUCUUCUCGGCGUUGCUGUCGAGACCAUUUUGGAAAAACGAUCUCAGUGGAGUCUACGUCGCAAGCAGCUUAGUCCCACAUUCAGGCACAGUGUCCUGCUCGACAAUCUUCCCAUCAUCAAUGCCAAGACAAACACCUUGGUCACGCUACUGGAUGCUCUUGUAAUCGAGGAAAAAAUCAAGUUAAAGCCGGAGGACAAAGUCAACUCUGUGAUCAACCGAGUGAUCGAACUCUAUCAAAGCGGGGACCUGACUUAUGACGAGGUGAGGGACGAGUGCAGUAGCUUGAUUGUGGUGUCCUUCGACACGACAGCCCUCACCGUAGCCAACACUCUUAUCCUACUGGCCAUGCACCCCGAGUACCAGGAGAGAGUCUUUAAUGAGUUAAAGGAGGUAUUUCCAACGGCAGAAGACUGUGAGUUGAACGAGAAACAUCUGAAGAAAUUAGUUUAUUUGGAGCGUGUAGUAAACGAGACUUUACGGCUAAUACCAACCGUCCCCAUUGAUCCGAGGAAAACGACCCAGCCCCUAACCCUGUCAAACGGAGUUACUAUUCCCAAGGGCCUAACCAUAGGCAUCGAUUUAUUCCACACCCAUCGCAAUACAGAUUUUUGGGGCCCAGAAGCCUCCAAGUUCAAUCCCGACAACUUCCUGCCGGCUAACAUCCAAGACAGACAUCCAUUUGCAUACCUGCCUUUUUUAAAGGGCAGAAGAACGUGCCUAGGUAUGAGCCAUUUAAAAUACUCAAAAGAUAUUCCAGCUGUAGCCAGGAUUCUUAGAAAUUACAAGCUGAGCACAAGCUUCCGCUAUGAGGAUCUAGUUUUCGUUGAUAAUAUAUCUAUAAAGUUGGCUAAGCAACCUCUUUUGGAAUUCCAACGCCGGAACUAG